CACAGAGCCCUCCAUCCCCGACCUCUCCAUCCCCACCACGAACGGCGAGCAGCGGCACCUCAUCGUCGUCUCAAACCGUCUCCCCAUUACAAUCAACAAGGAUGCCUCCGGCGAGUACCACUUCAAGAUGUCUUCCGGCGGUCUCGUCUCUGCGCUUUCGGGUUGCAAAAAGUCCAUGUCCUUCACGUGGAUUGGCUGGCCAGGCUUCUUCAUCCCGCCCAAGGACCGACCGAUCGUCGACCGCCGUCUCAAGGAGGAGUACUCGUGCCAAGCGGUCUACCUGGACGACGAUGUUGCGGACCGCCACUACAACGGCUUCUCGAACUCCAUCUUGUGGCCGCUCUUCCACUACCACCCCGGAGAGAUGAACUUCGAGGACGAGAACUGGCUUGCCUACCGCCAGGCGAACAUGGCGUUCGCGGAGGCCAUCAUGACCCAGCUCUCCCCGGGCUCCAUGGUCUGGGUUCAGGACUACCACCUGAUGCUGCUCCCCAUGCUCCUCCGAACUCUCAUUGACGGGCCGCAGAACGUCGGCGCGCUCACCGCGAGCGAGGUCGACCGCAUCCUGGACGGCAUCGACACCGAGGAAAUCCCUCCGCCGAAGUACUCAGACAUCAAGAUCGGCUUCUUCUUGCACACUCCGUUCCCUUCCAGUGAAAUCUACAGGAUCCUCCCCGUCCGACGCGAGAUCCUGCUCGGAAUCCUCUACUCCGACCUCAUCGGGUUCCACACAUACGACUAUGCUCGUCACUUCCUCUCCUCCUGUACACGUAUCCUCGGCCUGCCCACCAUGCCGAACGGUGUCGAAUUUGAAGGCCGUCUGGCGCACGUCGGGACCUUCCCGAUCGGUAUCGAUCCCUCCUCUUUCAUCGACAAUAUCAAGAAGGAGAGCGUGCAGAAGCGCGUCGGACAGCUCGAGCAGCGCUUCGCGGGCUGCAAGGUCAUCGUCGGUGUCGAUCGCCUGGACUACAUCAAGGGUGUCCCGCAGAAGCUGCACGCGCUCGAGCUCUUCCUCACCCAGCACCCCGAGUGGAUCGGCAAGGUUGUCCUCGUCCAGCUCGCAGUCCCGUCACGGCAGGACGUGGAGGAGUACCAGAACCUUCGCGCGACCGUGAACGAGCUUGUCGGCCGAAUCAAUGGGCGCUUCGGCACGGUCGACUUCAUGCCGAUCCACUUCAUGCACAAGAGCUUGGCGUUCGACGAGCUUUGCGCGCUAUACGCCGUAAGCGACGUGUGUCUCGUAACGAGCACGCGCGACGGUAUGAACCUGGUCUCGUACGAGUACAUCGCGUGCCAACAACAACGGCAAGGCGUGAUGAUCCUCUCGGAAUUCGCGGGUGCCGCCCAGAGCUUGAACGGCAGUAUCGUCGUUAACCCGUGGGACUCGCAAGAGGUCGCGGACGCGAUCCACCAAGCCGUCACCACAGACGCCGAGACGCGCGCCGAGAACCACAGGAAACUGUUCAAGUACGUGAACAAGUACUCGGCCGCGUACUGGGGCACGUCCUUCGUGCGCGAGAUGACGCGGAUAGAGCUGCCGGAGGCGAAGCUCGAGCCCCUCAAAGGCGGCCUCGCGGAGCUCCACCUGCACAAGGAGGACGCGAAGGGGAGCGUCGUACAGAACGGCCAGGUGGUGCUUACCCCAGCCGCAAACGCCCUUGCGCCGCACAACUCGGCAUGA